AUGGGCAUUGCCUGUGCUCCCAGAUUUUUUACAAAGUUAAUGAAACCUGUGUAUUCUACUCUUAGAAUUAUGGGUCAUUUGAAUGUUGGGUAUAUUGAUGAUUCUCUUCUGAUUAGUGAUACAUUGGAAGAAUGUUCGAAAAAUGUAUUAGAUUCAAGAUGUUUGAUGGAAAGACUAGGUUUGGUCAUAAAUGAAAAGAAAUCUGUAUGUGUACCAUCUCAAUGUAUUACCUUUCUUGGAAAUAUUAUUGACUCAGUCAAAAUGAUUGUCACAUUAAGUCCAAGUAGAGCAGACACUAUUGUUGAGGAAUGUAGGAAAGUGUGGAAAAAAGGAAGUUGUUCAAUUCGUCUGCUAGCUAGAGUAAUUGGUCUUAUUGUGGCAAGUUUUUCUGCAGUAGAGUAUGGUCCAUUAUUUUAUAGAAAUUUAGAGUUGGACAAAAUAGAGGCGUUGAGGAAAAAUAAUGGAAAUUUUGAUGCCAAUUCAAAUUUGUCAGAAAAAGCUAAGAAUGAGUUGUUUUGGUGGAUAGAGAAUGUUCACAGUCAGAAGAGAAUCAUAGAUCAUGGAAAUCCAGACAUUGUUAUUACGACAGAUGCUUCCACUAUAGGGUGGGGAGCAGUCUGUGGUAAAAGUAGUGCAGGAGGAAGAUGGAAUGAAGAUGAAAGUAAAAAUCAUAUUAAUUAUUUAGAACUUCUUGCGAUAUAUCUGGCACUUAAAUCUUUUUGUAAAGAUGCUUCUGAUAUACAUGUAAAGAUAAUGACAGAUAAUACAUGUGCAAAGGCAUAUUUAAAUAACAUAGGUGGCAUAAAGUCAGAAAAAUUGAAUAGGUUAUCACAAGAAACUUGGUUUUGGUGUAUGAAUAGGAAAGUCUGGAUUUCUGCUGAUCAUGUACCUGGUGAAAAUAAUAUAGCAGAUAAAUUUUCUCGAGAAUUUAAUGACUCUGUGGAGUGGAAGUUAGAAGUUGGAAUUUUUGACAGAAUUUCUGUUAUUUUUGGACUCCCAGAGUUAGAUCUGUUUGCAUCUAGGCUGAACAAACAGUUGAAGCUAUAUUGUUCAUGGAAACCUGAUCCUGAUGCAAAAUUUAUUAAUGCAUUUUCAUUUCAAUGGACAGGUUAUUAUUAUGCUUUUCCUCCUUUCAGUCUAAUCAGCAGAACAUUACAGAAGGUGAGGACAGACCAAGCAGAGUGUUUGAUUGUGGUUCCACUGUGGCCAACUCAGUGCUGGUAUCCAGUGCUAAUGGAUUUGUUGAUAAGAACUCCAGUGAUUCUUCCGAAGGGGAUUCUGUCUUUACCUCACUCGAGGGAGAAACAUCCACUACACAAGAAACUAACUCUAGUAGCGUGUCGCUUAUCAGGAAAACUUUGGAAAUGCGAAAGAUAUCGCGAAAAGCUUCAAACAUCAUCUUGGCUUCCUGGAGAUCAGGGACAAGACAACAAUACUCAAGCUAUAUUCGAAAAUGGAUUUCGUUCACUAAUAAAAGGAAAAUUAGUACAAUUCAAGUUCCUGUAA